AUGGAAAUUAUUUUGACAGGAAUCGGGACUGCUCUCACAAUCGCCGUUAAUUUAGCGCCUUUCUCAUCUCUGCACAGUGCUUCGAAGUCACACAAUCUUGAAGAAAUUUCUCACUUAUAUCUCCUUUUAGCUAACAUAACUCAGCUCGCAUGGGCUCUUUACGGUUUUAAAGGUAAAAUUUGGCUUGCCUUUAUUCCUUCUAUGUUCGCGUUUUGUAUUGGGAUUAUAUGAAUAGUGUGAUACCACAUGAUCAAUAAAAAUGCUUUUGUUUUCAUGCUUAAAUACACCUCAGCCUUAUUUGGGUUUUCUUUGCUUUUGCUUAAUUUCAUUAAUGUGGAAACUCUUGGACUUUUUGCAGAUAUUAUUAGCUUUAUAGGGAUGAUAGCGCCUCUAGAGCAGGUAAUCCCUGCUUUAGUUGAAAAAAAUCACCGAUAUAUUGAUAUUAAAAUAAUUGUUGCCUGCGUGCUGAAUGGAUUUGUGUGGCUUGCGUAUGGAAUAUUAAUAAAUAAUAAUUUUAUUAUUGUUCCCAAUAUGUUUACAGUGCUAGUUUGUUCAUUCCAGAUCACGAUUUAUGGAUGGGCCAAAGGCGUUUUACCAGAAGGAACAUUUGCAUUGCUUUCAGAUUACAUUAAGCCUUAUUCACAAAAAGGAAAUAAAGAACCAAUUCUUAUCAUUUAA